AUGAGCGGCGAGGGUGGGGCGGAGUCCAGGUGCGCCUCGGCGUCCACUUGGCAGAGCGCCUGGGAGCCGCCUGUGGGCAGGAGAGGAUCUGUCAAAUGCGAGGUUCCUUUAAUAAGAGAGACCAGUCCGGCUCCGAGAGUCAUGGCGACCGCAGCGUCUAACCACUACAAUAUCCUCACCUCCAGCGCAUCCAUCGUGCACUCGGAGCCCGGCAGCAUGCAGCAAGCCACGGCGUACCGGGACGCGCAGAGCCUGUUGCAGAGCGACUACCCGCUGCAGAGCAACAGCCACACGCUCAGCCACGCACACCAGUGGAUCACGGCGCUGUCCCACGGAGAGGGAGCCCCGUGGUCCACCAGCCCGCUCGGAGCGGAGCAGGACAUCAAACCCGCGGUGCAGGGCGCCCGGGACGAGAUGCACAACUCCAGCAGCAACCUGCAGCACCAGUCGCGGCCACCCCACCUGGUGCACCAGACGCACGGGAACCACCACGACGGCCGGGCGUGGAGAACCACCACCACGGCGCACAUACCGAGCAUGGCGACAACGAACGGCCAAAGCCUUAUUUACUCCCAGCCGGGCUUCAGCGUCAACGGGCUGAUCCCGGGAAGCGGCCAGGGGAUGCACCACCACAACCUAAGAGACAGUCAUGACGACCACCACAGCCCGCACCUCAGCGAACACGGCCACCCUCCGUCCCAGCAUCAGCACCAGCACCGACCGCAGAGCCACCACGACCACUCGGACGAGGAUACGCCGACCUCGGACGACCUGGAGCAGUUCGCCAAGCAGUUCAAACAGCGGAGGAUCAAGUUGGGCUUCACGCAGGCGGACGUGGGACUCGCCCUGGGGACCCUGUACGGAAAUGUGUUUUCCCAAACCACCAUAUGCAGGUUUGAGGCCCUGCAGCUCAGCUUCAAAAACAUGUGCAAGCUGAAGCCUCUGCUGAACAAGUGGUUGGAGGAGGCGGACUCCACCUCGGGCAGCCCGACUAGCCUGGACAAAAUCGCGGCGCAGGGGAGGAAAAGGAAAAAACGGACUUCAAUCGAGGUAAGCGUAAAGGGAGCUUUGGAGAGCCAUUUUUUGAAGUGUCCUAAACCUGCAGCGUCGGAAAUAAUUGGCCUGGCGGACAGCCUGCACCUGGAGAAAGAAGUGGUGAGGGUUUGGUUUUGUAACAGGAGACAGAAGGAGAAACGCAUGACCCCUCCCGGAGCUCUGCCGGGGAGCGAGGAUGUGUACGGGGACACGCCGCCGCACCACGGGGUCCAGACCCCGGUCCAAUGA